ACUUAUAAAAGCUGUGUGCCACAUCUACCAGGCAGAGUCUUUUUGUAAGCUCUGUAGCUUAUUGAUGCUCUUCUACUGCUGUGGAAUAAAACUUUAUAUUUUUAUUUCUAAUUGGCUGUCUCACUGCCACAGGUUAAUAUUUGAGAUAUUUAAAUCUAAUGCAUUCAUUGUUGCAGGUAUUUUAUCUUCAUUUUUCUUAGUAAAUCCAAAAAUAGUUGGAGUGGUGAAAAAAAUCGCAUUGAUUGUUGCAGAAAAUUUGUCAAAAUGGACCUUUAAAGAAGUUAAAGUAGCAAACAACUAUAAAUAACACUGAGGAUGCAACUUUGCUUCUCCAAAUUUUAGAAAAUAGUGAAAUGUUGUCCUAAAACGCAGCUGAUUAUUACUGUAUGUGUGCACACUGCUGCAGGGCUGAGGGAGUCAACAAUAUAAGGGUUUUCUGUGUGCACAUGUGUGUGUGUGAAUGAUAACUGGUGACACAAUGACAACUCAACGCACAGUCCAUCGGAUGACUGUCAUGAUCGGCAGCAGUGUGCCAGAAUAGAUGCUUCUUUUGCUCCAAAGGCGUUCUGUAAAACGACCACCCUGACCCUCCCCCACAAACACACAUUCUGAAGCAUCCAACUGAGUCUCUUUCUUCCAAAACCUCCGUUUAAAUCACCWGGUCAGAACGUUGAGCAGCAGAAGAGCCCAACAUCACAGCAUGGUUGUCCCAAAAUCACCGGAAAAGAAACUGCCCCAAAAUCUUUGUUUGGAAGCCCGCCUCAGUCCAAACCCAUCCCUGUCCCAGAACUCUGGAGGUCUCAAACAUUCGAGCUCUAAUGGAAGCUUCUCAUCAGUCACAAGUCUGGAGCUUCGGCCUCAGGAGUUCAGCGAGACGGACGCUCUGCUCCCCAACGAGCUCUACGGUGGGUCCAGGUUCAGCAGAUCUUUGAGCUCAAAGGACCCCGAGGGUUCAUCUGGACCUGAGGAAACAGUGUGCUCCAUGGUGCUGCAGAUCCUGGUACCGUUUCUGCUGGCUGGGUUUGGGACAGUUUCUGCAGGGAUGCUGCUCGACGUGGUCCAGAGCUGGGAUGUUUUCCAGGACAUCUCAGAGAUCUUCAUUCUGGUUCCUGCUGUUUUAGGCAUGAAGGGGAACCUGGAAACGACUCUCGCCUCUAGACUCUCCACCGCUGUGAAUGCUGGGAAAAUGGAAUCUUCCAGAGAAAAGUGGUUGCUAAUCGUUGGUAACCUGGCACUUAAACAGCUACAAGCCACGGUGCUGGGCCUGCUGGCGUCCGUCAUGGCGACUCUGUUGGGCUGGAUGGCGGAAGGACAGAUGUCCUUGAAUCACUUGGUGCUCCUCUGUUCAACCAGCCUCUCUACGGCUUUCGUGGCGUCGCUGCUGCAAGGUGUUAUUAUGGUGGGAGUGAUUAUUGGCUGCAAGAAGAUAGGACUGAAUCCUGAUAAUGUGGCCACACCGUUAGCAGCCAGCUUUGGAGAUCUCAUCACUCUCGCCUUGUUGGCGUGCUUCAGUCAGUGGUUCUACUCCUUYAUGGAGUUUUACCCCUACGUGUUGUACCUGGUGGAUCUUUUUUAUUUAUGUCUGAUACCCGUUUGGAUGGUCGUCUCCUCCAAACACCCGGCCAGUCUCAUCCUGCUGCGCACAGGCUGGGAACCAAUCAUUGCAGCGAUGCUCAUCAGCAGCGUUGGAGGACUUAUUCUGGACAAGACUGUGUCAGAUCCAAACCUGGCGGGAAUCAUUGUUUAUGCUCCAGUCAUAAAUGGUGUUGGAGGAAAUCUGAUCUCUAUUCAGUGUAGUCGCAUAUCUACAGAUCUGCAUUUGAACUACUCAACCAGAGGCAUUCCAGAGGGCCAUAAAGUCUGUUUGAACCCCUUUUACACCUUCUUUGGAUCAGGAGCAAACCACAGAUCUGCUCAAGUUCUGCUCUUGUUGGUCCUCCCGGGUCAACUCAUCUUCAUACAUGUUAUCCAUCUGAUGAAAGGAGGGCUCACGUUGCCCAGCCCUCUCUUCACCGUCUUCUUCUUGUCAGCUUCUCUUAUUCAGGUCUUCUUGCUGCUGUGUACAGCUGAUUGCAUGGUCCACUGCCUGUGGCGGAGGGGCAAAGACCCUGACAGUUACUCCAUACCCUACCUGACAGCUCUCGGAGAUCUCCUGGGUACUGCCCUUCUCGCUCUUGUCUUUGUCACACUGUGGUGCAUCGGUGACACUGGCAAUGUAUAGGGUCACAAGUCCUGUUGUUGUAUUGCAUAUUGUUGUUUUGACCUGUUUUUAUGCAUGUAAAGCACUUUGAGUGCACUUACUUAUUCUGUUUUAAUUUACAUUUAUUUGGCGUGUAUAUACAGUAUAUAUA